AUGGCGGAUAGGAGGCUAAUCGCGGACCAAAGACGACCUUGUGCUUGCACAAAGAUGCGGGUGGAUUCAGUGAAUGGACUCCCUGUUUCUGCUGAGCCUGGACCGGCUCAUGACAUCCUUGUAUCCCGCACGUCAGUCUCGCCAAAAGCCUGCAAUCAAGUGACUGGGAGAUGGUUUGGAGAAAGAAGAGUAGAGGUGUUGGUGGAGUUGGCGUCCUCGUCAGUACUGCAAAGAACAUCGACUCUUUCGAACAACUUACGACAGAAUCGGACAUCUGCGUAUGAGAAGAUGUGGUCCAACGCAGGGUUUGACUAUUUUCGUCGCUUACGCUCCAACAUCAAGCUACGAAGAAGAAGUCGAAGCUUUCUAUAUGGACCUGGAGAAGUUCUGUCAAGAAGAUCAUGCCUUCAUGCGAUUUCAACGCCAAAAUUGGUCCAAGAAGAACGCCUGAGGAAUUUCACAUCGGGACUCACGGCCUUCAAUGGAAUGAACAGGAGGAGAGGCUCUCCGAGUUCUUCAUUACGACUACGACCAUAUAUGAGAACUUCAGAACAUGAGCAAUUCCACAAGCCCUUUUCUCUAUGUACGUUGGAGUCACCCGAUGGAGGGUACCGUAAUGAAGUAGACUACAUCAUCGCCAGUAAAAGGUUCUACCCGACGGACAUCGCUGUUGUACCAAAGUUCUAUACGGGAUCGGACCAUACCCUCCUCCGAGAAAGAUUUUCCUUCAUAAGGAGAGCAGAGAAAGCCGCCAAGUUCAGAGAGAGAAAUCCCAGGACUACCAUCAACUGGGAUCUCUUCGGUACGCUAGCCGGCUUUUGGCAAGAUUCCGCAAUGGACAACAUUGACGAGGAAUGA